GGCAGGGGGGCCUGCGUUGACAGUUGAACCAAUUUCCAUUCCUCUUCUUAGGCACGGAAUGCAAUCAAAUGACCCAAAUAGACAAACAUACACAUCAAACACCAUGUGGGUUUUGCUUCAAAGCCAAAAACCCGCCCCUCUCAGCUCAGCUCCGCCACCUCCAUCCCAUAUGACACCCUCUCUCUGUAUACUCCCUUUGACGGAAAGCACUGCUUGUUUUGACAUCUCUUCAAAAUAUAUUGCCGUGUCUUUGUUACCUUCAGUAAACCCAACUCACACACUUGAUCAUUUCAGGGAUAAUUUUGCAUUGGCGCCCAAAUUCGAAUCAACCCGACCUUGAAUUAGAAGCAAUUAGGAAUUAGAGAAUUCAAAUCCACCCAACAACUCCCUUCAAAUUAAUCUCUGUCCCUCGUAUAUAUACACACAUACUCAUCUGUUUUGGUGAUCAUUAUCAUCUUUAUCAUCCAUCACCCUGUAUUAAUAGCAUUAAAAAGGCGUUGUGACGACAUUCGGUAUGGCGUCGAAAAAAGAGCUGAAGAUUAGGGAGGAGCUGGAGAAGGAGAUCGAGAAGAGCAUGGAGCUGGAGAUCAAGGACGGGAUUUGCCAGCUGGUGCUGCGAAUGCACCGCCUCUAUCAACACAUGGAAGGAGCUUCGAUUAAGCCCAACAAUGACAAUGCCACACCUCUACGUUCGGAAGUGUGGGUGAUAAGCGUAAGGCUUGAAGGAGGAAGUGGUGAUCAUGGUAAUAACAGUAAGAUGGAGAUCAAAGAGAUCAAGAGAGAAGCUCUGACGACUAGCAGUAGUAGUGACCGUGGCCACAAACAUAAGAAAUUUGAUUGGGAGAAGAGUUUAAGAAGAUCGUCAUCGUCAUCACCACCAACUGCGUCAACUGGUGGAUACUCUGCGACGAUUGCUGGUUCGGGGCAACUUUUAAGGAGAGGGCGCCGCCAUGGGAAUCUUGAUCGUGAUGAUGAUGUCGUCAAGGUGAAGAAAUCCGGCUGGAAAUAUUGAGCGAGUGAGGCAAUUCGCAAAUAUCUUUUCUUGUGUUACGAGUAAUAAAAUGAGGUGAAUGCGACUUGCAAGUGGGAUCGAUGUAGUCUUGGAGUCAUCUAUCUAUAUUGUUUGUGUGGAUUUUUAUUAUACACUUUGUGAAGAAAGCAGCGCAUUAUUGAUAGAAUUCUCGUGUUUCUCUGUUCAUUAUGUAAGAUUUUGAUUCUAAGGGUUGUUCGCGCAAGUGUUGGAAAUCUUACAACGAGAUCGAUUUUGUGAGUACUUCUACUAUGCUAUAAAAAAUUGAUGCUUUA